AUGAAAAUAUUCCCAACUUUGGUCGGCAUGCAUGUCAUCAUAGGUGCUGUCGCCGGGGCAUACCUUAACCAUAAGGCUGCAACACCAACUGCACUCCCUCUCUCUGCUCACAGGGGACGUGCGAGCGUCGAUCAGAGCUGCGAUGCACACAAAGCGGAGCUCACGCAAGCAAUGGAUGAGGCAGAAGUGUUGCUAUCGAUUACAAAGUAUCAUCUAAGCGACGCCAAUCUGCUGAAGCAAUAUUUCGGAAAUUAUGGCAAUGCCACGCCGAAUCCAGUGGAGACCAUAAAGCAAAUGAGCCUUUAUGAUGCAAGUUACGCGAGCAGCGGCCAACCGCGCGAGAGCUGCAGUGAUCCGCUGGAUCAAAGCGUCGUAGCUUUCUGCGAUAAUUUUUGGAAUUACGUUGGGUUAGAUGAGGUGUGCAAUACCGUCGAAGCAGAUGAAGGGUGGGUGAAGGCGGGUAUCAUUAUUCACGAACUGUCCCAUCAGAUCGCUGAUACUUCUGAUAUCUGCUAUGGGAUGAGUUGCGUGUUAGAUUUGGCAGCCAAUAACGCUUCAGCUGCUAUUAACAACGCUGAUAAUUACCACUUUUUUUCGUUGGCUGCGUAUGCCCUCAACACUACAGGUGAUGCUAAUUGUACGGCUACUGAAAUACCUCAGCAGGAAGCUUGA